AUGUGUAUAUCGACCAGAGCUUUUGCCCUCGGGCCUAUUUUUAGUAAUCGACCCAUCCUAUACCUACAUGAAAUUCAGGACCCGCCGAUUGGUAGACUGGGUGUGACGUCACAAUUCCCAAUCCACCAACCACGCGCGGCGCUUAUGCGCAUGUCCGUGGAGGCUUCGAUGGAGAUCUCACGAAGGCUGCCAGUCUGGGCUUGCGAAUCCCAGGUGUGCCAAGCUCGCGCCAACAAAACAAAGGUUAUUAUUAAAUCUUAUAUUUUUAUGUUGAGUUCAACUGUGUGGGGCAGUAGCCCCGGGGCCACGACCGUGGAGCACGAGGGGGGAGCUCUGUUCGGGCGGCUGCAGGGGGCGCUGAGGGGCGGCGCCGCGGCCGCUUCGCCCUCGCGCGUCGCUACCUCUAUCAGGGGCUAUCUCGAGAAGGUCGGAUCCCUGCAACUUAGAGACACAGGUGAGAGAUCUUAA